CGGACGCACCGUAAAUAAAAACGUGUCCACCUACUCGGUGACGUCAACAGCCGCUCACUGUCGUAAAAGUGUCGUGAAGCUCAGGCUGACGGCAACGUGGACACGAGGACAUGAGGAUGGCGAAGAGACCCAAUAUUCUCCUCACAGGAACCCCUGGUGUAGGAAAGACGACCAUAGGAAAGGAGCUGGCCAAGCGGAGCGGGCUGACCUAUGUGAACGUAGGAGACCUGGCCCAGGAAGGGCAGCUUUACGACGGCUUUGAUGAAGAAUACCAGUGUCCUAUUUUGGACGAGGACAGGGUGGUGGACGAGCUGGAGGAGAUGAUGGGGGAAGGAGGGGUGAUCGUUGACUACCACGGCUGUGACCUGUUCCCUGAGCGCUGGUUCCACAUCGUGUUUGUCCUCCGCACAGACAACACCCAGCUGUACGAGCGGCUGGAGAGCAGGGGCUACGCGGGGAAGAAGCUGCAGGACAACAUCCAGUGCGAGAUCUUCCAGACCAUCUACGAGGAAGCUAUGGAGGCGUACCGGCCGGAGAUCGUCCACCAGCUCCCCAGCAACACCCCCGAGGACCUGGAGCAGAACCUGGAGCAGAUCGGCCAGUGGACUGAGCAGUGGAUCAAGGACCACAACUAGAACCGGAGCCCUGCAGGAGCAGACCUGCGGACCAGGACAGCUUCACCUCCAAUUAGCUUUGACUUUUACAGACGCGUGUUCUGGCGUAGGUUCAUUCAGCGGCCUCUCCUCUGCUGGUAGUGCUCUAAACACGUCACGUGCUUCAAACGGAACAUAUCUGGAAGAUCUUGCAGUACGUUGGAAGGUAAUUCUGGUUCCAUCACACCAUUUUUAAUGCGGACAACAUGGCGUGAAGUCUGCAGGGCUUCACACACAACAUUCCUGCUGGCCUGCAACCCCGACGCUAGCCCGCGCCCCGCCCCCUCCCCUCACUGGACUCCCCUGAAGAGAAGGGAGAGCUGGCGUCAGUGCCUUAGUGUGUCAUACAUGUGUCCCAGCUUCACAGCGUCCAGCAGAAACGUUACCUGAGCUUCUCGUUCUGAUGAGAAUGAAGAGCUGAAUGAUGGAUGACAAGAACACGGACGUGCAAGAGGACUCAAGACACUGCAGAUUCCCAUGACCAAAAAAUGUGAAUAUAGAGCACAGAAGAGGGCAGUCGGUCUGGAAAUAUAUUUUUCUGUUCUUAUUAUGACCUGGAGAAGACCUGUUGCUCUGCUGGGGGAAGCAGGGACAUGGUCCGCUCCCCAUCUAUAUUUCUGUACUUGUGAAUAAAUGGUCUGGAUCAGAAAACUCCCUGAUGGCCAGCUGGUG